AUGGAGCCUGAGUACGAUAUUCAAGACGACGAUGAAUUCCGCCCAAUUAUGCAGAAAAAGUCGUUAGAUCUCCCAGUUCCAGAAGCAGAGCACGUCUGUCCAGUGACCAUUAUGAAACGACAUCGACCAGAUUUUGGCCACAUGGGCAAUGGAAGUUUCGUUGAAGUACAACAGGACUCAGAACACAGUUUUGAGGCGACAUUCGUUGAGUGCACAAACGGUCAUCACAGACCGUCAUGUCAUGGAAUUGAUACCUUCACGUUUUCUUCUGAAUGUGUUACGAUGUACGAAUGGCGAUCAGCCCAUGUACGACUACCAGGCUCAAGUGUCGACUUUGUGCCUGCUCUCAUCAAGAUUCCAAUUGCUUGCCAGUGUCGGCUAAUCAGAAAACUACAACCGUUCGCCAGAAGACUGUUCACCCUGAUCACGUCGUGA